CAUUUUAUUCUACGGAUGUGGCUGUGGUGUGGUUAAUUGGGAUUGAUAAUGUACAAGUUCCACAACAUAAAGUUGUAUAGUAAAUACAUUAAUACAUGUGUACAACAAUACAUGUGUACAAUAAUCCAUUUGUACAGUGCCUUCAGAAGGUUUUCGUACACUUUGACUUAGUCCACAUGUGUUGCAGCCUGAAUUGAAAAUGGAUUAAAUUGACAACAAAAAAUUGUUACCCAUCUACACGCAUCCCUGUAUCACAACCGGCAAUGUUUGGGAGUCCCAUAGGGCGGCGCACAAUUGGCCCAGCGUCAAGGGUUUGGCCGGUGUAGGCCGUCAUUGUAAAUAAGACUUGCCUAGUUAAAUAAAGGUUCAAUAAAAAAAUACCCCGUCAUUACAAAGUUUAUUUCAAAAAUAUAUAUAUAUAUAUAAAAAAAUUAACAUUUAGUAUUCACACCCCUGAGUCAAUACAUGUUAGAAUCACCUUUGGCAGUGAUUACAGCUGUGAGUCUUUCUGGGUAAGUCUCUAAGAGCUUUGCACACCUGGAUUAUACAAUAUUUGCACAUUUAUUAUUUAAAUUCUUCAAUCUCUGUCAAGUUGGUUGUUGAUCUUUCCUAGACAGACAUUUUUAGGUCUUGACAUAGAUUUAAGUCAACUGUAACUAGGCCGCUCAAGAACAUUCAAUGUCGUCUUGGUAAGCAACCAGUGUAUAUUUGACCUUGUUUUUUAGGUUAUUGCCCUGCUGAAAGGUGAAUUUGUCUCCCAGUGUCUGUCGGAAAGCAGACAACCAGGUUUUCCUCUAGGAUUUUGCCUGUGCUUACGUCUAUUCCAUUUAGUUUUAUCCUUAAAAACAACUUUAGUCUUUGCCGAUGACAAUGCUUGAAAAUAUGAAGUGGUACUAAGUGAUGUUGUGUUGGAUUUGCCUCAAACAUAACGCUUUAUUUAGGAAAUAAAGUUAAUUUGUUUACCACAUUUUUCAAUUUUAAUUUAGUGCAUUGCAAAAGGAUGCAUGUUUUGGAAUAUUUUUAUUCUGUGCAUUCUUCCUUUUCACUCUGUCAUUUAGGUUAGUAUUGUGGAGAUCAACAUUGUAGUUACUAUCACAGACAUUCAACUCUAACUGUUUUAAAAAGUCACCAUCGGCCUCAUGGUGAAAUCCCUGAGUGGUUUCCUUCCUCUCCGGGAACUGUUAGGAAGGAUACCUGUAUCUUUGUAGUGACUGAGUGUAUUGAUACACCAUCCAAAGUGGGGAGGACGGGCUUGUGAUAAUGGUUGGAGCGGAAUCUGUGGAAUGGUAUCAAAUGCAUCAGGCACAUGGUUUCCAUGUGUUUGAUGCCAUUCCAUUUGGCUCCAUUCUAGACAUUAUGAGCCUUCCCUCGGCAGCCUCCAGUGAACUUCCCCAUGCUCAAAGGGAUAUAUUCAAUGUCUGCUUUUUUUUUUUUUUUUACCGAUCUACCAAAAGGUGCCCUUUAUGAGGCAUUGGAAAACCUCAAUGGUCUUUUCGGUUGAAUCUGUGUUUGAACUUCAUUGCUCUACUGAGGGACCUUACAGAUAAUUGUAUGUGUGGGGUACAGAGAUGAGGUAGUCAUUCAAAAAUCAUGUUAAACACUAUUAUUGCACACAGAGUGAGUCCAUGUAAUGUAAUAUGUUAAGCACAUUUUUACUCAACUUAUUUAGGCUUGUCAUAACAAUGGCGUUAAACUUACAGACGAGAGACAUUUCAGCUUUUAUUUUUUUAAUUAAUUUGUAAACAUUUCUAAAAUAUAAUUCCGAGUUGACAUUAUCGGGUGUUGUGUGUAGGCCAGUGACACAAUCUAAAUGUAAUCCAUUUUAAAUUCAGGCUGUAACACAAAAUGUGGAAAAAGUCUAGGGAUGUGAAUACUUUCUGAAGGCACUGUAGGUAUUUUUCUCCACGUUGUGUUCUAUCAUGAAAAGUUUUCUUGACAAGUUGUUCUCUUGAGAAACAACCAGCAGACAGGAUGUACAUUGAGUGGCCUAAUAUAUUGGUACCCUUGCACUUUUCUUAAAUAAUUCAUAAUUGUCUAAAAUAAAUUUAAAAUAACUCCACACCUGGUUAUUUGAAUUUCCACAUUGCAGAACCAAAUACAAUUUCAGAAAAUAAAUCUAUUGACAAAAUUAUUAGCACCCAGCACUAGUACUUGGUUGCACAGCAUUUGGUCAGCAUAACUGCCGCUUAUUGCAGCCCUCAAUGAGCUUGCUGUACCUUUUCUACUGGCAACUUUGCCCACUCUUCAGCUGUAAAUUGCUCCCAAUUCUUCAAUUUUUGAUGGUCGCCUUUGACCAACUGCUGUUUUCAGAUGUCGCCUUAGGUUUUCGACGGGACUCAGAUUUGGACUCAUUGCCAGUGUUUCUUCUUGAACCAUUCCUGGGGCUUCUUUAUGUGUUCUUGGGGUUGUUGUCCUGCUGGAUACCCACGACCUUUGACAGAGACCUCGUUUUUGGAAUCCGGGUUGAACACUGCACUCCAAAACUCCUUGAUAAUCUGCUGAUUUCAUGAUGCCUUGCACAUGUUCAAGGCCCCCAGUACCAGAGGCAGCAAAGCAGCCUCACAGUAUUAUCAAAAAAACUCUCCCAUGUUUGGUUGUAGGGAGGGUGUUAUUUUCUUUGAAUGCUUCAUUUGGUCAUACAUUACUGUAUAUAUUGUUUUUCAACUGUAGAAGUAAAAAAAAAAAAUACUGGAGUGAAGGGUGACAAUAUAUUAGGCUGCAACUGUACCCAGGGGUUGCGCAUACUGUCAAGACAAACCCAGAGGGUUUGCAACCUUUUAUGUGUAAGAGGUUGAGACAUCAGAUAAGAGGAAAUACAUGGGAGAUUAGGAUGGAGGUAUGGAAUAGGUAUAUAAGGAGGCAGAGCGGAGUGAAAGAGAGCAUCUGAGGCAAGUAGAGGAAAAAGGCGGUGACAUUUACACACACCAGGGUAAAACCCAAAUGUUUGAUUCUGUAAUGAGAAAAUGCACCUCUUUUUCCAAUGUUUUUCCACCUCUUUCUGUUUGCUUUCUCGUUUGCCUCCGUGUUCUAUGUAUUUCUCAUUGUGUGCCGGUCGCGUGCCCCCACAGAUCGUAACUCCCGGUCUCCUUUAAAUAUAUAUAUAUAUAUAAUAACUUUGCUCUUUUCCCAACAGCUGAAGAGAAGUGAAGAUCCCAUGAUGCUACUCGGGCCAUCUGCCAUGGUGCUCAAUGGCCUAAACUCUACAGAACCUAAGCGGGUCUCUGGAAGGUCAAGGUCUUUCUCUCAUGUUCUGGCCAUUCUACCUGGUAUAAACUUCUUCGAGGAAGAAUUGGACUUUACAUCUGCUGAGCAGAAAUUCCACCUCGCAUCUGGCUCGGCGGUUUUGCAGUAUCUGACCCCAUUCAGGUGACGAUUUUAGAUGGAAUAGGGGCAGGUUCCCGUACACAGAUUGAGUCUAGACCUGGACUAAAAAUAAUUAUUGAUGGAGAUUCUAUAUUGAGUAUGCUUUUUAAUCCAGGAUUAGGCUUAAUCUGUAUCCAGGAAACUGUCCCAUUAUUUAUUUUUUGAAGUAUUAUUAUUUUAAACCUUCAUUUAACUAGGCAUGUCAGUUAAGAACAAAUUCUUAUUUUACAAUGACGGCCUACCCCGACCAAACCCUCCCUUAACCUGGACGAUGCUGGGACAAUUGUGUGCCGCCCUAUGGGACUCCCGAUCACGGCCUGUUGUGAUACAGCCCGGGAUAAAACCAGGGUCUGUAGUGACGCCUCUAGCACUGAGAUGCAGUGCAUUAGACCGCUGCGCCACUCGGGAGCAACUGUUCACCAUUCAGAACCAGGUGGACAACAGUGUUCAUGCCCCCCCAACUCCUUCUGCUCUCUCUCUCUCUCUCUCUCACACACACACACACACAAACACACACACACACACACACACACACACACACACACACACACACACACACACACACACACGAUUAGAAGUAUGACUGAUCUCACAAGUUUUAUAUUGUAUAGCUCAGUGGCCAUGUGGUUAGAGUGACUGUCCUGAGCUUGGAAGGUUGGGGGUUUGAUCCCAGGUCGAGUCAUACCAAAAGGGGCCAGAUUCCUCUCUGCUUGUCACUCAGCAUUAAAGAAAAGGAUUGGGGGUAAGGUCCUGCGAUAGACUAGUGUCCAGUGGGUGUACUUGUGUUGAACGCUUCAUCAAAAGCCUCACACUACAGUAGAUAGGCUCAUGCCGUUCUGGCUUGGACAAGGCUACGUAGCUACUUAUAUAGCUCAAUACUCUCUAAAAGGCAUUAAUAAUGGAUAAAAACUAACUUUUUUCAUUUUAUCUCUCCAUCUCAGAGAAAGGGGAAUGGAAUGAUAAGCAGUGCAACCAAACCAAUGACUUUCUGUGUGCCUUCAAACCUGAGGAAAGAGAGGAAAUGAAUGAAGGAGAAGAAGAAGAGGGGAUGGUGGAAUAGGGGAGUGAGAGGUUUAUCUUUUAGAGUAGAUGACAGAUGAGCAAUCAAGUGAGCCCAAAGUAAGAUUUAACGAAACAACUGGUAGUGUUAGAAACUUCAAGACACAUUGCAUUUGAGGAUCCUUUCUAGACCUAUUGUCAGAAAACAGUGUGACCUAAUGUAUUUUCAGGAAGAAUGGCGUCGAUAAAAAUGCUGCGUCACGUGUUUGUACUAUGAAACAUUAUGCGAUUUUUGAUUAGCAAAUAAAAAAAGAAUACAAAAAAUAUUUUAAUGAAUCAAUAAUCAUUGCAUUACUUUAUUUUGUUGACCUGGCCUUAUUUAGCUAUAUUUAGAGAGCAGAUGGGGACAAAGGGGUCAAGAAAUAAAAACACAAAUAAAGCCUCUUCUUAUUUAUAGAUGGACAACCCACUGGGUUGACUUUACAGAUUUAGAAUUUAACCUAUUACCUUUCCAUUCGGUGCCCUGUUUGAGUAGUGUGCCCAAAACAGAGAUCAUGCGUGAUAUUGACUUUGCAUGCGUUUUUACGCAUGCUAUUGAUCAGAGAGAGAGAGAGAGGGAUUAAUCGCCCUCUGCACAACUGUUGCUCUAAUCCUCCUUGAGAGGAUAGGCUUAGUAAAACUACAGGUUGGAGACGCUGCUACAGCCAUAUUGAACAGACAUUUUGUUAAAAAAAAGAUUGUUCUUUUUUUAUUUGAUGACCAUAUUCUAAUGGCCUACUAAAUCUUUUUACAACUAACUUUGACAUUUAUUUUCGGCCAAGUCACUGGAUGAAUCAGUAGGCUAUUAAAUUGUAAUGGUCUAAUUUGGUAACCUUUUAAUUAGUGGUUGUAGAUUGGAAUAUCGCUUUUUGAUAGUUUAGAGAUUGUGACAGUGGCAACACAGUUUUGAAGAUGAAGGACCGAUUGGAACAGUUGAAGGCGAAAAGUGAUGUGGCUGGGGACGAUGUGGAGAUUCCAGUGGAGAACCAAGCCUUUAUGGAUGACUUCUUCGCCCAGAUUGAGGAGAUUCGCAGCAGCAUCGAUAAGAUAGAUGAGAGUGUGGCGCAAGCAAAGAAGCUGUACUCUACCAUCCUCUCCGCCCCUACAUCAGAGCAGAAGACGCAAGAUGAUUUGGAGGCAGUCACCAACGACAUCAAGAAAGCAGCCGGCACUGCUCGCAACAAACUAAAGAGUAUCGAGAAGCAACUUGAGACAAACACAGAGGAACGGUCGUCAGCAGACACGAGGAUUCGGAAGUCCCAGCAUGCCAUCCUGGCCAAGAAGUUUGUGGAGGUGAUGACCAAGUACAACGAGGCUCAGACGGAUUUUAGAGACAAGAGCAAAGGCCGCAUCGCCCGGCAGCUGGAGAUCACGGGAAAAACAACGACCGAUGAGGAGCUGGAGGAGAUGUUGGAAGGAGGGAACGCAGCCGUCUUCACCGCAGGGAUCAUGGAGUCGGGUAUAUCGAAGCAGGCGUUGAAUGAGAUCGAGGCGCGGCAUAAAGAUAUUGUGAGGCUGGAGAGCAGCAUCAAAGAGCUUCAUGACAUGUUCGUGGACAUUGCUAUGCUGGUGGAGAACCAGGGCGGUAUGAUUGACAAGAUUGAGAGCAACAUGGACCAAUCGGUGGGCUUCGUAGAGCGGGCUGUUGCCGACACCAAGAAAGCAGCCAAAUUUCAGCAGGAGGCCCGUAGGGGAAAGUUGAAGAGGAGUGUCCCAGAUUACCCCCAGUCUAACCUGGGUGGAUGGAUCAACAGUGGUCACCUGUCUGUCAAGAGAUGCAUACAGCGCUACUCAGAGGAGAUACACUUCAGUCCGGCUUAAGGCCUUCCACCCUUUCGUCUUCUCUCUCCCUCUUGUCUUUUUCUCUGUCUUUCUCUCUCUCGCUCUCACACACACACACACUCUCUCUCUCCCUCUUUUC